CCGCCCCGCUCGCGCCAGGUGCGGCGCAGGCCACGCCCCCUCCCGGGCCCUCGUCUGGCGGGCUCCCCCUCCCUCCGCCCCUCCGCUCCCGCGCGUGCCUCUCGUCGCCGCCCCCUCCCUCCCUCCCUCCCUCCCUCCCUCCUCCGGAGCGUGCUGCCUGUUUGCCGGAUCCCCAGAGAGAGGUGGCGCCCGGUUGGGGCGGCAGGAGCGCAGCAGCAGCAGCAGCGGGAGGAGGAGGAGGCGGGGCGGGAGGAGGGCGCGGCGGGCGGGGAGCCGCCGAGAGCAGGAGGAGGAGGCGGCCCCGCAGGUGACCGGGCUGCGCGCAAGUGUGUGAGAGAGAGAGAGAGAGCGGGAGAGAGAGAGACAGCGCCUGCCUGCCUUCUUUCCCUCCCCUCCCCCCCCCCCGCCAGGUGCGCAGAGAGAGAGAGAGCCGAGAGAGGCGCCUUCCGAGGGACGGGCGGCUGCUGCGGGGCCGGGGUCUCUGCGCGCCGCCCCCUCCCGCUCGUGCUCAUCUGUUGCUCGCGCGGCGCCGUUCCUCCUCGGAGGGAGAAGCCCCUCCCCCGCCAAGCCCCUCCCCCUCCCGACCCACUUCGGGGCGAUGCUGCCGCCGCCGCGCCUGAUGCCGCCGCUCCCUCCGUCUCCUUCUCCGCCGCCGCCGAGCGCCGCUUCCUGAGGGGCCGGGACCGGGCCGCGCGAGGAGGGGCGCCCUGCCUCCCCCCUCCCGGGGUCCCUUCGGCGGAGCAUGGGCGAGAAGGCGCUGGACCCGGACUUCGCGCCCCGGAGCCGGCCGCGCUCCUGCACCUGGCCGCUGCCCCAGCCGGGCUUCCCGGGCGCCGAGGAGGAGGAGGAGGAGGAGGAGGGCGAGGAGGGGGAGGGGGACGAGGAGGAGGCGGCGGCGGAGGGGGGCGGGGCGGGCGGGGGCAGGAGGCGCGCCUUGCCCGGCGGAGGCGGCGGGGCCGAGAACCGGGCGGGCGGCGGGGGGCCUGGGGCGCCCGUGCCCCCCUCCUCCUCCGCCGCCGCCGCCGCCCCCCCCUCGGCCGCCCCCCCCUCGCUGGAGCCCGGGCAGCAGCAGCAGCAGCAGGUGCGGAAGGCCAAGACCUCCCGGCGCAACGCGUGGGGGAACCUGUCCUACGCGGACCUGAUCACGCGCGCCAUCGAGAGCGCCCCCGAGAAGCGCCUCACGCUCUCCCAGAUCUACGACUGGAUGGUCCGCUUCGUGCCCUACUUCAAGGACAAGGGCGACAGCAACAGCUCCGCCGGCUGGAAGAAUUCCAUCCGCCACAACCUGUCCCUGCACACCCGAUUCAUCCGCGUGCAGAACGAGGGCACGGGCAAGAGCUCCUGGUGGAUGCUGAACCCCGAGGGCGGGAAAACGGGAAAGACCCCGCGCCGGCGAGCCGUCUCCAUGGACAAUAACAGCAAGUUCCUGCGGAUCAAGGGCAAAGCCAGCAAGAAGAAGCAGCUCCAGGCCUCCCAGGAGCGCGGCGCGGAGGAGAGCCCGGCCAGGCCGCCGGCCAAGUGGUCCGGGAGCCCCUCCUCGCACACCAGCGAGGAGUACGACGCUUGGGCCGACUUUCGGACACGAGCCAACUCCUCCGCCAGCACGUUGGGCGGCCACCUUUCCCCCAUCAUGGCCAACCACGAGCCGGACGAGUUGGAAGAGGAGGACGGGACUCCGUCUUCCCCGCUGAUGUACCCCAGCCCUUCCAGCACCAUGUCCCCCUCCCUGAAUGCCCGCUGCUCCGUCGAGAUGCCCAGGCUGGCCGACCUCACCGGCACCAUCAGCCUGAGCGAGAGCCUGGGCGAGAGCCUCCUGGACGACCUGCAGGACAACUACAGCCUGAGCCCGGGCCAGCCGCUCCCUGCGGGCGCUCUCCGGCAAAGGAGCCCCGGCUUCAGCUUCAGCGCCAAGUGCUCGGCUGUGGGCGCUGGAGGGGGCGGCGGGGGCGGCGGGGGCAGCACCUACUGCGGGACCAUCUACAGCCAGCCCGCCAUGAGCCUCAUGCGCCGCCUGCCCAUGCAGACCAUCCAGGAGAACAAGCAGGCCAGCUUUGCGCCCAUGCACUCUUACCGCAACUCCUCGCUGCAGGAUCUGCUCUCCUCGGUCUCCUACGCUCACAAAGAGAGCGACUCCCACAUGCCACAGGCCUCCAGCAUGGGGCCGCCGCCUCGCAGCCACAGACCCAACGUUCUCAUGUGCAGUGGCAAUGGUGGGAGCGGUUGCAGCGGGGAGGUUGGCCUGGUUCCCUACCACCCCCACCCGCCCUCCCUCAUGAAGAGCGGUGCGCUGUACCACCCGUCACCAGCCGGCCACCACCCUUCCGUCAGCAACAGUGCCUUACCCUCUCCCAUCAGCCUUAUGAGCCUGCCCAGCGACACUUGCAGCAUGGUGGCCAUGCCCCACCACGGGCACAUCCAUUCCUAUAUCAACAACCCAGGGGCGCACAUGGGGUUGCUGGAUUCUUUACAGGGACCCUACCCAGAAGCCAUGCACACCCCUGUUUUGGGUCAGGAGAGAUUCCCGGCAGACUUGGACCUGGACAUGUUCAACGGGAGUUUGGAGUGUGACGUGGAGUCCAUCAUCCUGAAUGACUUCAUGGACAGCGACGAGAUGGACUUCAACUUUGACUCUGCGCUUCCGCCGCAAAACGGCCUCAGCAUGGCCACGUUGCCCAGCGCCCCGCAGCCCCCCAACCAGAGCUGGGUGCCGGGGUGAGGCCGGCUCAGGCCCGUCGGCGGGUGGGGAGAGGGCCCGGAUCCCCCUCCCCGCCGCGCUGCCUUCCUUGUUUCCCUUGCCUUCAUUUGUUCAGCCAGGCUAGAGCCAUCUGUUUAAACUUGACGAUGACACUACACACACACGUACACACACACGCUCACACAAUGUAGGGUAAAAUGUCUUGACAGGUACCAGCGGCUUCCCGCUUGUGCCAGGUGUAUUGUGCAGUAAGUUGGAUCUGUCUUUGAUGUGUGCAAUAGGCACCAGUUAGCCAUGGCAUUGCAGCGCUGCUGACCCUCUCCCGCCCCUCCCUCCUCCCUACCUGGGCACCUGCACUAUUGCACAGACAUAGAGGUGAUUGAUGUGUGGUCUGAAGAGCCGUCUGGCAUUCCUGCCAAGCUUCCAGUCUGGUUUAGAUAGAUAGCCAUGGUGAUGAUUAGGACUGUUCUUUUUUUUAGCCUAUUUCCCAGUCACUCCCCCGACACUGAUACUCUGUGUACGUUCAUCUGUGGCUCCUUACGCUUAAAAAAAAACCCCCCAGUUGCGUAAGAUCCUCUCAGUUUUCAGUCUUGUAAUGCACAUUUGCAUGUUCAUCAGCCACUGGGAACACGAGCAGCAGAGGAAGCACUUGCCAUGCUAAAGCCAAUGUUGAUCCGGGUCUGGUUCAUCACUCUCCACUUGUUCCAUUUAUGGUUUUUUGGGGUGAGAGUGGGGUCAUACUUGUGCUUACGUAGAAGCAAAGAAAGGCUCCGAUUUCCCUUUCUGUAGCGGACUUGUUAUUUAGCAAGGAGAAUAAGACCUGCCGCUUCUUUGCAGGCUUCCUUUAUCCUUAAUCAAGGUGCUUGCCACAGCACACGCAUGCUCAUGAUAUUGUCCACAUAGUAUUUGGUACGACAUCAAGUCCUAGGGGAUCACUGCUGGUCUGGGAAAUUGGCAGGAGUGAACAGGAAGGACUGUGAAGAAACUGUGGUGACUUUUAUUUGCUUCGGCAUACACUUUUGCCAAAAAAAUACCUAGCUUUCUGAAGGCAGGACCAGGUCUGUUUUGAUCAGGCAAAGGGAAGAUUGCUUAUCCUAUAGAAGGAGAAGAUCUCUGGAGGGUUAGAGCAGGCAUGGGCCAACUUUGGCCUUUCUUCCGGGUGUUUUGGACUUCAACUCCCACCAUUCCUGGCCUCAGACCCUUUCCUUUCCCCCCUCAGCCGCUUAAGCUUAAGGGGCCUGAGGCCAGGAAUGGUGGGAGUUGAAGUACAAAACACUCGGCAGGAGGGCCAAAGUUUGCCCAGGUGUCAAAGGGAUGACUUCAUGACUUCUUGGUCGGACCCAAGGAGGGAAAGGAAGGGGCCUGAGGCCAGGAAUGGUGGGAGUUGAAGUCCAAAACACCUGGAAGAAAAGCCUAAGUUUGCCCAUGUCUGGGACCGGGGAGAGGAAGCCACAGCAAACAUAAGUAUUGGUAUGUAGUUGGGGAAACACAAGACAGAGACCACGUCUAAACUUCAGCCUUCCCUCCAGGUGUUUUGGACUUCAACUCCCACCAUUCCUAACAGCCUCAGGACUAGAAGAGACAAAAAUUACAACAUUCACGGAGGCCAUGAAACUAGAGCCAAAGAAGGCAAUCACACCAGAGGAACUAGUUGAAACAACUGAUAAAAUGAAACUCAAUAAAGCUCCCAGACCUGAUGGUUUCUCAGCCUUGUAUGAUAAGACUUUCAAAGAAGAUCUAGUGCCAAUAUUGGUCUUGGUUAUGAAUAAGGCUUUCAGUAAAGAAGAGCUACGUAAGUGGCCGAGGGGGGAAAGGAAGGGGCCUGAGGCUGUUAGGAAUGGUGUUUUGGACUCCAACUCCCACCAUUCCUGGCCUCAGACCCCUUCCUUUUCCCCCUCGGGCCCGACCAAGAAGUCAUGAAAUCAUCCCUUUGACACCUGGGCCAACUCCGGCCUGCCCUCCAGGUGUUUUGGACUCCAACUUCCACCAGGAAUAGUGGGAGUUGGAGUCCCAAACAACUGAAGGGCUGAAGUUUGCCCAUGCCCGCUUUAAAGGACCCGGAGGAGGGAUAAUCCUGCAAGUAUGAAAUCUCUCACUCCCUUUCUCAGUCUCUCUCUCACACAUAUACACACAUGUACAGACACAAUCUUGAAGUGAUACAGAGCAAAGGAGCUUUGAAGUGUGGGCUCGAGCUUUCCCACACGAUCCAGUUCUAGCGCUUCCACUUAGACUGCCUGAUGGAGUCCUGGGAUUCGCAGUUUAGGAAGGGAUCCUUAGGAUUCUCCGUGAGUGAAUUCUGGUGCCACCCCAAACGACAAGGUCCCGGAUCUUGUGGGAUACCGCGAAGGCCAGUAAAGCCAAGGCACGGGGCUAUUGAGUGUAUGGUGUGAGUUUGCUCUUGAAUGGAGGAAAGGCCAACGGAGCCGCUCCGACCUCCACCUUUGUGGCCGCAGAGAGAGGGCCGUUGCCCAGCCCAGCCCAGGAAGAGUCCUCUUUGCUCAGCCAUCUUUGUGGUGUGUUAACUGUGGGGUUGUCAUGUGUGCAAUGGUGUCAUAUUUGCUAAGCGUUGUGUUUACUGUCUUGUAUGAAAGUGCAGUGCAGUGCAGUGCUGAGGAGCCGGGAGGUCUUGAGCAAGGAGCGGGCGACGGAGCCAUGUCCGGCCGUCCGUGAAGGCAGCGAGGGGAGGGGCCGGGAAGGAGGGCAGUGGGUCUGGCAACGUGGGUCUGUGCUCCCUUUGCUGACAAAAACAGCCAAUGCAGUGGUGGCUUUUUCUAAAGGAAAGGAAGGUAAUCAUGCCAUCAGGUUUAGCCACUGGGGAGAGGCGUGUUUUGGACAAGUGAUAUUUAACUGCUCUCUUGAAAAUGGAAAUGAUGAUUUGUUAAACCCUGCCAUCUCUGUGCCAACGCCACUUGGCCUCAAGGGCCACCUGAGGACCCACAACCAAGCUGGAUGACCGAUGCAGCUCCAACCCAAUUGAGAAUCUUCUCAUUUCCCAUUUCUCAAAGUCACUGGCGGUAGUUUGACCCUCCACCCUCAGUUGCGCACACUUCAGACAAUGAGCAGUUGGCGACAAUCCUGAAUGGUCUGCCCGUGGCUGGUGCGGUGAGUCCGUGUCACGUGGGUGGAGCCAGGCAUGGCAGUUGCAUGCGCGGAGGUGCCUUCAACCCUGGCGUGGCCUGAACACCAAGUGACCAUCGUUCCAUAGAUAGAGAGGGCUUUAAGUUUCCAACUAAGCCAAAAACAACAACAACAGUUGUUGUUUUCAGUAUACCCAUUUAGAAUUCACCCAUUCUUUUGUUAAACAUAUCCCCAAAAGUCCUCUGCCAGUAGGCAGGGAAUCUUACUUUUCAGAAUCCAAUUUCACUUGCAGGUUUGGGCAAUGGGAAUUUGUCUUAGACUGAGAGAUGGUUAUUUAUCAUUAGAGCGGCCACCAUUCAUGGCACCGAUCCGGCGUGACUUGGUCCAUGACUUCCUUGACAGUACUACUCGCCCAUCCUUGUGCACAGAAGUGAUUUGGUCAUUCCCUUAAAAGUCAUCACCUUUACACCUAGUGUAAAUGGCACGGGGUUUCCAAUGACCUCCCAUUCCUUCCCCCAUUCCUGGAAACCCACCGCCCUGUUUCGUGCUGAAGUCUCAGCUGAAGACGCUGAAAAAGGAGAAAGUGAAUAAUGUUAGUAGGCACGUGCUAAACCCCUUUCCUCCGCGCAGUGUGCUAAAUAUCAUGACCGAGCCUUUUGAUGCACUUCUCGUCAAGCUUAGAUGUUAAGAAAAUGGAAUGUCACUGCUUUGCGUAAAUGGCUAAGCAAGCACACACCUUGGUUGCCAGUGGUCUGCACAAUAACAUUCUGUAAAUCCUGAAAUCAGAUGGUGUGAUUCUAAGACCUCUCAUGCAAGGCCAUCCUCGGCUAAGGCAACCAUCGCGAGGCCUGCAGAACGUUGUCUUUGCUGGUGUCCUUUGCACACCCAGGUGUAGCUUUACUCUAAGGAGCAACUAGGUCUGUCUCUUGAGCUUUUGCCAUAAGCAACACUGAGUAAAGCUGAGCCCAUCCAGCAGGAAGAAGGUGGUUUGUCCCGAUCUCUGAACUAAGCCCAGUUGUGGUAGGCAAGCCUUUCCACCCUCCAUCUCACCCCAGUCAGCGCUCCCCUUCCCAGCCCUGCAAAGAAGACCGGGUCCACGCUGCCUACCUACGGGGUGCGAGUGCCGGGGAUUCACACAACAGGCCGCGAUUGUCGCUCGUGUCCAUGCGCCAGGCCUUCGGAAGGGAGUGCAGCUCGACGCCGGGAGGGAGGCUCUGCAAAGGGAAGGGGCCAAAUCAAAAGUUUUUUAAAAAGUCUUUUUUCUCCUCAUAUUUAUACCUGUUUAGAUUCAGUGGGGCAAGGGGUUUUCAACAGGCUGUUAUCUCUCACCACACAUAUAUUGUACGCAAUGUAACCUUCUUGAUUGUGCUAUUCUAGUUUUUGUGUACGUGGCAAUGUAAAGAACUGUGUAUAGUGCAUUGUACAGCAUAUUUUCAUGAAUAAAAUUUGUUUUAAAUAUGA